UUUUCUCCCCUCUUUGUCUCCUGCCCCAUUAUUACUAGUUGCCUGCUAAGCUCAAAAGAUUAGUCAAUACGUCAAACAAAAGUGUUUUGUCUUUCUUUACUUUCCAUCUGCUUCCGCCAAACCUCUUCAUAGCAUACAGGCCCCCUCCUCUCUUCUCUCUCUAAUAAGAGAUUGAUCAGAUUCUAAUCAGGAGAGAGCUGCAUUUUUUCUCUCCAGAAAACUUAAAAAGAGGUGUGUGCUUCUUUCUCAAUUCAAUUUUGAUGUGUUUUUCUUUUCUUUAAUUUCUACAGCGUGUUGCUCUUUUAGUAUUCUUGGGUAUCAAAGAAAAAUAAAACCAUUUUGGAAAAAAAGUUCCUUUUAUAUUUUUCUGUCUGUUUUACUGUAUAGAUCUUCUACUUUCAUACUUCUUUGGAAUGGUUUGCAGAGAAAAGAUAGAGCUGGUGAAGAAGAUAAACAGUAAAAGUUGGUCUGUUCUGAUGGGGAUUUGCUUGAGUUCCAGAAUCAAAGCUGAAAGCCCCCCUAAUUCAGGGCUGAGUUCGAAAUAUGGUAGCACUCAAGGGAGUAAUUCGAGAAACUCAAGCAGCAUGAAUUCUGUACAACCCACUCCUAGGAGUGAGGGAGAGAUCUUACAGUCACCCAAUUUGAAGAGCUUUACUUUCUCUGAACUCAAAAUGGCCACCAAGAAUUUUCGUCCAGAUAGUGUACUUGGAGAAGGUGGGUUUGGCUCGGUUUAUAAAGGCUGGAUUGAUGAAGACACUUUAACAGCAACUAAGCCUGGUAGUGGCAUAGUAAUUGCCGUGAAAAGGUUAAACCAAGAAGGAUUUCAGGGGCACAGGGAAUGGCUGGCUGAAGUGAACUAUUUGGGACAGUUUUCUCAUCCACAUCUUGUGAAGUUGUAUGGAUAUUGUUUGGAAGAUGAGCAUCGCCUCUUAGUGUAUGAGUUUAUGCCUCGUGGUAGUUUGGAGAACCAUUUGUUCAGGAGGGGUUCAUAUUUCCAACCACUCUCUUGGUAUCUGCGUUUGAAAGUUGCUCUUGGAGCUGCCAAAGGGCUUGCUUUUCUACACUCUGCUGAAUCUCAAGUUAUAUAUCGUGAUUUUAAGGCAUCCAACAUUCUGCUAGAUUCAAGUUACAAUGCCAAGCUCUCUGACUUUGGUUUGGCCAAAGAUGGACCAACGGGUGAUAAAAGCCAUGUCUCUACAAGGGUCAUGGGAACCUAUGGAUAUGCUGCUCCAGAGUACUUAGCCACGGGUCACUUGUCUUCCAAGAGUGACAUCUAUAGUUUCGGAGUAGUCCUGCUUGAACUGUUGUCGGGCCGUAGAGCAAUUGACAAGAACAGACCAUCUGGAGAACACAACUUGGUUGAAUGGUCCAAACCAUACUUGGGCAACAAACGCAGAUUGUUCCGAAUCAUGGACAACCGCCUAGAAGGCCAGUAUAAAGUGGAGGUUGCACAAAGAUUAGCCAAUCUUGCAUCAAGGUGUCUUUCAACUGAACCAAGGUAUAGACCAUCCAUGGAUGAGGUGGUCAAAGAAAUUGAACAACUUAAGGUGGAGUCAAAGGAUAAAGGGGGAAACUCACGUGCCAAUGCGAGCAAAGCCUCUGGGCCCCGUAGAGGGAAGGGUACUAAUGCUUCGGUUGCCUAUCCAAGACCGUCGGCUUCUCCUCUCUAUGCCAAAUAGCUUGGGACAUCUCCAAGUGAUCUUGACCGUUCAUGUAGCAACUCCACACGGUUCACUUUUGACAGUAUGUGAUCAUCAGCUUAACUGUACAGAUAUUUUUGUUGAGUAUAUAUAGAUGUCAUCCAUCUCCCAACGUAUGGGCAGGAUGGGUUGCCCACGUGCAUAUCUGGGGGUGUAAUGCAGGGCUCUAGGGUACCCAACUCUUGUUCAUAUUUCCUAUAUGUUUGCUUUAUUUAUUACUGCUUCCUAUUAUAACGACUAAUAGCUCGUGUAACUGUGUAAGUGCAUUGUUAAAACAGUGCAGUUUUUUACGGCUCGUUUGGUUGACGAGAGUAAUUAUUCUAAUCUUGCUUAGUCCGCAAGUAAAGAUUCCUUUUUUGCUUAGCCCGCAAGAAAUGGACAGUUUUAUCAUCUAUGAGUUGAUAUUUUCAUGCAAAACAUAAAGAUCCAUCUCAUUUGUGUUACUAUCUAGUUUCGAUCAAUGAUAGUUUUUUGUAUUUAU